CAAGACCACUAGAAACCCAAUAGAACUACAGACACACAACACAAACACAAACACAAACCACGGCCAAACCACAACCACAACUACCGCUUUUCUUUAUCUAUAUAACAACCCCAUCAUCACCCCAAAAGUUUCACACAACACACCCCGCAAAAAAAAAAAAAAUAUUGCUCUCUCAAAAGCCAGUGACUGAGAAAAUCCUCAAAUUCUCAAAGCUUUGGUUCGUAAGUUUUACUAUUUCAAAGAAGAAGAAAAGAAAGCGGUGUUGAAGAAUUGUAUGUAGGAGGGGGUAAUACCCAGGAUAGACAAGUUGUAGACAUCACGGCUAUACACAGAUUUUCACGGCCUCUAAUUCAUGUCCGAGCAGUACGACGAAAGGGUUGUGUAAUUGAGAGCAACCCUUCGCCGCACGGCGGGCGUGGCGCUUUGCCUUCCGAAGGCGGUAGCCCUUCUGACCUGCUCUUCCUUGCUGGUGGUGGUCACGCUGCUCUUUCUUCGCUACUAGUACUAUAUUAGUUUUUUUUUUUAAUUUUCAAUCUUUUAGCACCAUUUACAAACCUAGCCUUGCCUUUUAAGACUUUGCUUUUCUUGUUGUUCUUGUUGUUUUUGGGUUCUUAAGAGCGAUUUUAGAUCUGGGUUUAAGCGAAAGUUUCAAUCUUUGUUGUUGUUGGGUGUCUGGGUAUUUUGGUUUAUUUUGUUAAGUUAUAAGAAGAAGAAAAAAAACAAAGAAAGAACGAAAAGAUGUUGAGGAUCAAGAGGGUUCCUACUGUUGUUUCGAAUUACCAGAAGGAUGAGUCAGAAGAGGUUGCUCGCCGCGGAGGGGGAUGUGGCCGUAACUGUCUCAACAAGUGUUGCAUUCAAGGGGCAAAGCUGCCUUUAUAUGCUUUCAAGAAGCUGAACAAGGCUGUCUGCGACAAGGGUUUUCCCGAAUUUGAGAACAGAGAGCCUCCCGUGGCCUUUCUGGACUCACUGCUCCUUGGGGAGUGGGAGGAUCGCAUGCAGAGAGGGCUCUUUCGCUAUGAUGUCACUGCCUGUGAAACUAAGGUGAUUCCGGGUCAGCAUGGUUUCAUUGCCCAGCUGAAUGAGGGUCGCCAUCUUAAGAAGAGGCCCACCGAGUUCCGCGUUGAUAAGGUUCUCCAGCCCUUUGAUGGUAACAAAUUCAACUUCACUAAAGUUGGGCAAGAAGAGGUGCUCUUCCAGUUUGAGGCAAGCGAAGAUGGUGAAGUCCAGUUCUUCCCAAACGCUCUGGUUGAUGCUGAUAAUGCUCCUAGUGUUGUUGCCAUCAAUGUUAGUCCUAUUGAAUACGGGCAUGUGCUUCUGAUCCCUCGUAUUUUUGAGUGCCUGCCGCAAAGGAUUGACCGUGACAGCUUCUUGCUUGCUCUUCACAUGGCAGCAGAAGCUGGAAAUCCAUACUUCAGGUUGGGUUAUAACAGCUUGGGUGCAUUUGCCACCAUCAACCACCUUCACUUCCAGGCUUACUACUUGUCUGUGCCCUUCCCUAUUGAGAAGGCUCCCACCGAGAAGAUAACCUCAUCGGAUGGUGGGGUGAAAAUCUCUAAGCUGCUGAAUUAUCCAGUCAGAGGUCUUGUCUUUGAGGGCGGAAAUACUCUGCAAGAUUUAUCAAACACUGUUUCAGAUGCCUGCAUGUGCCUUCAAGAUCACAACGUCCCUUACAAUGUCCUCAUUGCUGAUUGUGGAAGGCGUAUCUUCCUCUUCCCACAGUGUUAUGCUGAGAAACAAGCUCUUGGGGAAGUUAGUGCUGAGCUUCUGGACACCCAAGUAAACCCGGCUGUAUGGGAGAUUAGUGGGCACAUGGUGUUAAAGAGGAAGAAGGACUUUGAAGAGGCGUCUGAGGAAAAUGCUUGGAGGCUCCUUGCUGAGGUCUCCCUCUCUGAAGAAAGGUUCCAGGAAGUGUAUGCUUUCAUCUCUGAAGCCAUUGCUACUCAUGGCUCACUCGAAGACUCUGAUGGCAAAUCUGAAUCUCUUGAGGACGUGGAUGCCAUUAACAACCCCCCAUGCGCUAUGGUGACUGGGACACAAGAAUGCCUAGUUCUGCAGUAAGAAUUGGGCUCUGAUGACCAGAUCAGAGGUGUUUUGGUCUGAGUCAGUUAUUUCAGUCUGCUGUUUGAGUUUGUAUCCGUACCUUAGGAUGCUCGCAGUUGCGUAAAUAAGCAAACUGGGUUUGCAUUGUUUUAGUACCGUUUGUGUUUAUGUUAUCUGCAUAUUGGCACUGUAAUAUUGUUGUUAAGACGUGUUUCAUGGGUUAUGUAAAAUACACUGUUUGCUGUGAUGAGAUAAUGAAGGUUGAAUUUGUAUGUA